AUGGUUGAUUUGGGCAUGAAGGUGGUUGGCGUUUCCCGUAAAUUGAUUGGAACUCCCCAGCGGAAAGAAGUUACCAGCGAAGAGGGCCAUACGGGUGAGAUGGUCUUUGUGCAAGGUGACGUGACCUAUCCACCCGACGUGGAAAAGAUUCUCAACUGGACCAGGAAAGAGUUUGGCCGCACUGAUGUGCUCGUGAAUGCCGCUGGAUGGUUCCACAACAUUAAUCCGUGCGAUCCAGCAACGUUGAUGAAGCUGUAUGUAACCAACGUAGCUGCCUCAUUCCUGUUUUCCAGAGCGGCCGUUUGGGAAAUGAUGGCCAAUCGUACUACAAAUGGCCACAUCAUUACCAUUUCCAGCUUGGUCGGGAAACAAGAUAUUGGCCCAAUCUCAGUAGCGUGUAUUGCAACUCACGAAAGUGUGAGACAACUGACUGAAAAGCUGAAUGCCGAAGUUAGGGAAUCGCUUCUACCAAUUACAGUCACCAACAUUAAACCCCCUCAUUGGUUUGUGACUACCAAGCCAGAAGAUUAUAUCCCAAUACGCCAAGUUACCGCAGAGGACAUCGCUAAAGAAAUUUGCAAUGCUGUCUCCAUAGACCAUCCAAUAAUGCCAUAUUUGUAA